UGUGCAACAUAUCUGACGCACAUUACAUCUCCUAGCGAAGACCACAGUAAUUCUUUAAAUGAUUACUGUAGCUCUGAUACGGGAACGUAAAAUUCAGAGAAUGCGUAUUGCGCAACAUAUCUGACGCGCAAAAUAUCUCGUAGCGAAAACUACAGUAAUUCUUUAAAUGACUACUGUAGUGGUUGUGGCGAUUCGAGGGCUCGAUUUUUGAAUUAUGCGCGUCAGAUAUGCUGCGCAAUACGCAUUCUCAUAAUUUUGUGUUCCAUAUAUGGGCCCUGCCAAGACCGCGUCCAACGACCGGCCAGCAGGCCGUCCGGCUGAAUCACAACGACUGGCACCGCAAACAUUGGAGACGCCGACAGGAAGAAGCCCGUGGAGCCAACGCGUCCGAUGACUCUGAUGGAUUCGAUGAUGAGAAUAGCGAUGAUAAUGGAGAUGCUGAUGGAAAUGUCGAUGUCGAUGCACCCGGUCCGAGAGUCCCGAAACUGGAGGAGCAAUGGUAAUCAUCUGCAUCGUCGGCUCUUCUUCACAUCCACUUCUCGCCCUUUAUUGAUCGAAUAGCUCUUCCUUGUCUGUGUAAAAUUCUUUCAUUUAUUUUAUGUCGAAUCGUGAUAUCAAUAAAUAGCUUGAUUUGAA